UUUUUUCUUUUUCAAUAAGUGACUACUUUUUUCAAUCCCUAUAUUAUUGCAAGAAUAGAAUAAAGUUGCAACCUGAUAAAAAAAGGAAUAAUAAGGUUUUGGGGAAAGGAAGUUAUUAGUUCAGUGCCUUGUAAAGGCACAAUCUUGAAUGCUCUCAAUGCUGACUAACAUGGGUUCUUGGAUAGCAAUGUUGCUGAUGUUGUUAUUCUGUUUAUGGGUUUCUUGUGGAAUUGCUUCUGUUUCAUAUGACCAUAAAGCUAUCAUUCUAAAUGGCCAAAGAAGAAUCCUCAUUUCUGGAUCCAUUCACUACCCAAGAAGCACCCCUGAGAUGUGGCCAGAUCUUAUUCAGAAGGCAAAAGAAGGGGGAGUUGAUGUUAUACAGACUUAUGUUUUCUGGAAUGGGCAUGAGCCUGAAGAAGGGAAAUAUUAUUUUGAAGAGAGGUAUGAUUUAGUGAAGUUCAUUAAAGUGGUGCAAGAAGCAGGACUUUAUGUCCAUCUUAGGAUUGGGCCUUAUGCAUGUGCUGAAUGGAAUUUUGGGGGUUUUCCAGUUUGGCUGAAAUAUGUUCCAGGUAUCAGUUUCAGAACAGACAAUGAGCCUUUCAAGGCUGCAAUGCAAAAGUUCACUACCAAGAUUGUUGAUAUGAUGAAAUCAGAAAAACUCUAUGAAUCUCAGGGUGGUCCAAUUAUUCUAUCUCAGAUAGAAAAUGAAUAUGGACCUAUGGAGUGGGAACUAGGUGAACCUGGUAAAGCUUACUCAGAGUGGGCAGCCAAAAUGGCUGUGGAUCUUGGCACUGGUGUCCCAUGGAUCAUGUGCAAGCAAGAUGAUGUCCCUGAUCCUAUUAUUAAUACUUGCAAUGGUUUCUACUGUGACUACUUCACACCAAAUAAGGCAUAUAAACCCAAGAUGUGGACUGAAGCCUGGACAGCCUGGUUUACUGAAUUUGGAGGUCCAGUUCCUUACCGUCCUGCAGAGGAUAUGGCAUUUGCUGUCGCAAGAUUUAUACAAACGGGAGGCUCCUUCACCAAUUACUAUAUGUAUCAUGGAGGAACAAACUUCGGAAGGACUUCUGGUGGCCCAUUUAUUGCUACUAGUUAUGACUAUGAUGCGCCCCUAGAUGAAUUUGGGUCAAUACGGCAACCUAAAUGGGGUCAUCUGAAAGAUCUACAUAGAGCAAUAAAGCUUUGUGAGCCAGCUUUAGUAUCUGCAGAUCCAACUGUGACAUCCUUAGGAAACUAUCAAGAGGCCCGUGUUUUUAAGUCGGAGUCUGGGGCCUGCGCUGCCUUCCUAGCAAAUUACAACCAGCACUCUUUUGCUAAAGUGGCAUUUGGGAACAUGCAUUAUAACUUGCCACCCUGGUCUAUCAGCAUUCUUCCUGACUGCAAGAACACUGUCUAUAAUACUGCGAGGGUUGGUGCUCAAAGUGCUCAGAUGAAAAUGACUCCAGUCAGUAGAGGAUUCUCAUGGGAGUCAUACAAUGAAGACGCAGCAUCGCAUGAAGAUGAUACUUUCACUGUUGUUGGGUUAUUGGAGCAGAUAAAUACCACAAGAGAUGUAUCUGAUUAUUUGUGGUAUAUGACUGACAUUGAAAUUGAUCCAACAGAAGGAUUUUUGAAUAGUGGAAAUUGGCCUUGGCUUACAGUCUUCUCUGCUGGACAUGCAUUGCAUGUGUUCGUGAAUGGACAGUUAGCAGGAACUGUGUACGGCAGUUUAGAAAACCCAAAACUAACUUUCAGCAAUGGUAUAAAUCUGAGAGCUGGUGUGAACAAGAUUUCUCUACUAAGCAUUGCUGUUGGCCUUCCGAAUGUUGGCCCUCAUUUUGAGACAUGGAAUGCUGGUGUUCUUGGACCGGUUUCACUUAAUGGUCUUAAUGAGGGGACAAGAGAUUUAACAUGGCAGAAAUGGUUCUACAAGGUUGGUCUAAAAGGAGAAUCCCUGAGUCUUCAUUCACUCAGUGGUAGCCCAUCUGUUGAGUGGGUUGAAGGCUCUUUAGUGGCUCAGAAACAGCCACUCACUUGGUAUAAGACUACAUUCAAUGCUCCAGCUGGAAAUGAGCCUUUGGCUUUAGAUAUGAUUACUAUGGGCAAAGGUCAAGUAUGGAUAAAUGGUCAGAGCCUCGGACGCCACUGGCCUGCAUAUAAAUCAUCUGGAAGUUGUAGUGUCUGUAACUAUACUGGGUGGUUUGAUGAGAAAAAGUGCCUAACUAACUGUGGUGAGGGCUCACAAAGAUGGUACCAUGUACCCCGGUCUUGGCUGUAUCCUACUGGAAACUUGUUAGUUGUAUUUGAGGAAUGGGGAGGAGAUCCUUACGGAAUCACUUUAGUCAAAAGAGAAAUAGCAAGUGUUUGUGCUGAUAUAUAUGAGUGGCAACCACAGUUGUUGAAUUGGCAGAGGCUAGUAUCUGGUAAAUUUGACAGACCUCUCAGACCUAAAGCCCAUCUGCGGUGUGCACCUGGUCAGAAGAUUUCUUCAAUCAAAUUUGCAAGCUUUGGAACACCAGAGGGAGUUUGUGGAAGCUUCCAGCAGGGAAGCUGUCAUGCUCGGCGCUCUUACGAUGCUUUUGAAAAGAAUUGUGUUGGGCAAGAGUCUUGCUCAGUACAGGUAACACCAGAGAAUUUUGGAGGCGAUCCAUGUCGAAAUGUUCUAAAAAAACUCUCAGUGGAAGCCAUUUGUAGUUGAUGAUCCUGGGGAUACAAGUGAUGGAAAUGUUUAAUCACUCCUUUAAACAUUUUUCGAACGAGCUACUAGACAUCCAUAAAUCCACACUACCAUUUUUUAGCUUUGCUGGGGUUAAAGUUGUACAGUUAAGCAACACACCUCUUUGAUCAAAGCUCACCUGAUUACGAAGAUGAUUGGCGAAAGAUUCUGUACAUGUGAGGUUUUGUCUAACUGCACAUUGAGAUGAUUCUUGAUGUGUCGAUGCACAAAUUUUGUUUGUGCUAGAGAGAAACUUGGAAAGGGAAAGCAUUUUUUCUUUCAUGAACUUCAACAUUGUACAAUCACAAUGUAUGUAGGAAAGCAAUAAUUCAUUGCUUUGCACAUUGAGAAAUGCUGUUUCAGUACCAUCAAUCUCUUUCAAUUAC